GUGAGAGAAUGUAGUGUUCUGUUGAUCAUCGAGUCUAGUUGUUCGUUGUGACCUCAAACGGUUCAUUUCAUCCUGUUCUCUUUCGGUUGCUAAUCGUCUCGGUGUGAAUAAACUGAUGUUAACGCGGCAUAUGGCGGUGAUUGGUUAAUUUCUUUAUCGAUUUUUCGCUUGGCGACACGUCAGAGUGAUUCGUGGAAUUUUUUUUCGAGACAAUACCGCGGUAAUUGUGCCCUUUCGGCGUGCGACCGGAAUUCCGCGGGGUCGAGCCAGCUCUAUCGUGUGGGGAUAGUGGGGCUGACACGAGCGCUGGCGGUCGACUACACAAAGCACGGCCUGUUCAAGCUGAAAGAUGGAGGAAGUAGCAAGCACCCUCCGCGCAUGCCUGAUGACGUCGAAGGGGGGUGUUCCCCUGGAGAACGUCAACCGAGACUACAGAUCCCUAGAAGGUGAGAACAUUCCCUACCGCAGGCUAGGCUUCACCAGUCUCGAGGACUUCAUCUCGAAAGUCCCUCGCCUCCGUCAGUACCAACGAGGUGGUGUGACCUACGUCGAAGUGAUUCCCGACGAGAACACAGCUCAUCUGGCCGAGCUAAUCAACAGACAGAGGUCCUCAAAGAAGAGACGAAAGCCCCUGAGAAUGCCCUCCUCCUGGUCCUCGAGGCGGCCCACCCUCAACAACUUUACCCCUAGAAGCAGCACGAGGCCACCCCCAAGAGUCCAAAUGUUCCCAUUGCGAGCUCAAGCCUCUCCCCAAAGACCCCAGAGGCCUCACCUGACCCAACCAGCAAGGUCCCACCCUCCCUCAGUGACAGUCUACCCAGGAACAGUGACAGUCUACCCUGCAAAAGCCCCAGACCAACUUCCCCCCAGUGCCAAAACCCAACAAACUCUCCCACAACGACUUCAGACUGUCCAAAAUCCCAGACAGACCCCUCAGAGUCAUCACCAGCCCCUCCAGAGCCGUCAGCAGACGCCUCAGUCACCCCAGAAUCCCUCUAAAUCCCCACGUGAACCCCUCCAGAAGAUCGUCAUCUCCCAGACCCCUCUAACCCCAUCGAAAGCCCCUCAAUCAGCUCCUGUCACCAACGGAGCUGCUGCUCGUCAGGUGAACAGACAAAACAGCAUGCCCCACCUGAUUCCUGCAACUACCAAAGGCUCCAGGGCCAUUCCCCCCCUAAAGGUGGCAAGACCUUUGAGCGACAGACUCCGAAGGUCCCCUGAACGAAAGGUGACCUUCUCACCUGAGAUCGGAGCCUCCUCUCCACCCAUUCUUACCCCUGUCACCUCACCUGCUCCCCUGACCCCACCUUGUGACACCGCUGACCCCAGAGAAAAGCUCAAGACCCUCGGGAGAAGACUCCACCUGAGCCCAACAGAGCCUGAAUACAAAAAUGUUCCGAUUGAGUCCAAGAAUGGAAAGAUCAGCUUCUUCAGUCUGGUGCAGGUGGGAAAGCGCACGUUCAAGAGCUAUCCCCUGGAGGCCCAGACACCUGAGGACGCUGAGAAGCUCGCGGCAUUGGCGGCCCUCAAUGAACUCCAGUUGAACGAGCAGCCCAUCAAGAUGAGGGUGACCACUGACGGGGAGGUGAUGCUGCAGAGGCUUGUUGCCAUCGUCGAAGGCCAUCCCAGUGGUGUCUUCGAGGAGAAGCUCCCUGAUUUCUACAUGGAGAAGCACAACGAGACACUUCCCGAUGACUGGAUGAGCUUCGUGGAGACGUGCAGAGAACUGUCGGUGGAGAGGGGUGUGGAGAAUGCUGCCAUCGUCUGCAGGUGUGAUCCUGCGGUUGACAGGAUCCUCACCCCUCCGCCAACUCCUUCGUCACCUGGAAGAGUGCUUAAUCCUCAUUCAGGGGCUGACACCAGUCUUUCUCCUCUGCCCUUGCCAGUGGAUAAUCUCUGGCCAGUUUACGUGUCUCACGUGGCCAGCACCUGCGAAAUCUGGAUUCGUUUGCUUGAGGACAAGACCACUGAGCCGUUCUACGAGAUGUGCCAGGAAAUGUCAGCCCACUUCUCCAGGAUUUCACCCAUCUCCUGCCAGGUGGAGCCCUUUCAUUAUUAUGUGACGAAGGUGGGGGACGAGUAUCAGAGGGUCAGGGUGGAGUUCCUGGAGGAGGAGGGCAGUCUUGCUGAGUGCUUCUUCAUUGAUACUGGGGAGGAGGACUUUGUUGACACGUCUCUACUCUAUGAUGUACCUGCUGCCUUCCUCAGGGUGCCUGCUCAGGCCAUCAGGGCCUCCCUCUCCAGGCAUGAGGAGGUCCCUGUCUGCAGCACUACCACUGAAGUCGCCAAGGAGAUGCUGAUUGACAGGGCUUUCUACCUUCAGGUUUUGAGUCGUGAGGAGGACAGCACGAGUCAUGCUGUUGUCGGGGUCUUCUAUGAUACUUCGUCGGAGAAGGAUGAGGAGAUGAGCGAGAAAAUCGUCGCGGAGGUCCUCAGGGUCAUGCAGCUGACCCAGCUGGAGGUGCUGCUUGCGAACAAGGGGGGACUCCUCGAAGUCUUCAUUUCGCAUAUUGAGUAUAAUGGAGAUGUCUCCCUUCAGGUGAAGAACGAUGGGCUGAUCAUCCUCAGUGGGAUGAUGAAUAGUCUCAUCGAUUCAGCUCUGAACGACGAGGAAAAAGUGAAGAAGGCGAGGGUGUCAGGUCCCCUUGACCCGAAGGAGCUUUAUCUCAUCCAGAAGAGCGAUGGCAGUUGGGUGAGGGUCCAGGUCGCCUUCCCUGGGGCCACCAACUCCAAGCUGAGGAUGGUGGACUUCGGGGGCCUGAUGGAUGCCGACAGGAGCAAGCUCUUGAGGCUCAGGGAGCUCUCGGAGGGUAUUGCCAGGUUCCCAGCGCAGGCCAUUCAGGUGGAGCUCAGCAACGUCAGGAAGACUAAUUUCUCUGAGUCGUCUGCAGCUAGACUGAGGCAUCUGGCACCACCCACGCAGCUUCUACUCUGUAAGGUUGUCCAGGUGAGGGAAUACAGCAGAUCUGCUGUAGUAGAGCUCUUUAAACGUUCUGAGCCUGACAAUCUUUUGAUAUCCAUCAACAACACUCUGGACCUCGAGCCUGAGCUCUCAAAGAAUGGCGAUGGCAACAACAACGUAAAGACGAGGAAACGACUCGAGAGGACAAUCUCCAGGAACAGCACUGGGGACGACUCUUCAAGGAAACUGAAGGAGCCGAAGAUCCCAGGGAUCGAGGAGUUCUUCGAGGUGCAUGUCACCGAGUCUGCAGCUAAUCCUGGGAAUUUCAUUGUUCAGCCGAUUGAGAGCAGGGAGAGGCUGGAGGGCAUGAUGAAGAGCAUGCAGGAGGUCUAUGCCAGGGUGAGCAAGGGCACUGUCGACGUCAAGGAGGACAGGGUCUACGCUAUUCAGGAUAACGAUGGACUCUGGUACAGAGCUAGUGUCAACAAGAUCAUUGGGGAACAUCAGGUGACGGUUUAUCUGUCCGAUUUUGGGAUGAUUCGGCUCAUUGGGGUGGAACAGGUCCAGCUGCUGAGGAAGGAGUUCUUUGAGCUUCCGUAUCAGGCCAUCAAGGCCAAACUUAUGGGUGUUCAUCCAAAGCACGGAGACUGGUCCCUCGCCUCAUGUCUGAGAUUUCAGGAGCUAGUGGUCAACAAGGACUUCGUGUCGAAGGUCAAGAAGCUCCAGCAAGACAAUUCUGUUCACAACGGCUUCGUCCUAGGGCUCGAACUCAUCGACGUCUCCUCGAAGGACGACGUCCACAUCGACAAAGUCUUGAUCGAAGAGAAGUGGGCGAUUCCAAGCGCACAGUGAAGGACUUCAACAGAUAUUUAUUUUUAUUUUCAUUGUUUUCAAAUAUAUAUCCAUUAUUUUGACUUGGAACAGGGUCUGGUACCUUUCCAACUACUUCCACUAUUUUUUUACGAGUAUAAAUAUUAAUAUUAAUUAGUAGAGGCCAUAUUCAUUCAGUCAAACUUAAUGCCAUCAGCGUGAGAUUUUUAAAAUCAAGCUUUUAGCGACUUCAGGCCAUUUCCACUCAUUUGGAAAAACCUCUGGGCCAUUUAUACUCAUCUAAAUGUGGAUAUGAAGAUGUUUAUUUUUUUUCGUAUUAGUGAUGGAGGCUGUGUCAAGAGUGAAAGUAUCUAUUGAAAGUUACGAAGACAAUAAAAGAAUUUAUCUUUAGGAUUAAUAGGUCUAUCAGAGUUGAAGAUCGAAAUCCAUUCAUUCCAAUUUCCAAUAUUAUUAGUUGAAAAAUAUUGAAAAUUAUUUUUCUCUUUUACUUCAGUUUUCAUUUUCUUUUUUCACGUGAGGAUUUUGAUUUUUGGUUGUGACGCAUUUAGGAUUAACGAUUCUAGAGGCCUAUUUUUUAUAUUAAAUAAAAGAUGAAAUUGUUUAACUCGUUAUUUAAUAAUAAAAAGGCAAAGGAGGUUGUAAUGUUUGAUACAAGUUGAGAAUAAAGUCUUCUAUUUGGAUAUAAAAU